CACAAUCCGAUGUGCGUGGACGUGCGUGAAGGAGGUAAUGGAGGACAGUGAUCUACUCACAGGAUACUGUUAAGGAGCUGUUUUCCUUUGCCAUGUUCCAGGCGAUCUUUUCUGUUAGUUACUAGGCGGUUGCAACCCAGACUACAGCAUUUGAUUGGAAAGAGCGGCUGGUGCAUCCACUAAAAUUCAGGAUGGCGUCAGACGGCGUUUCCCCAAACCACGCUUCCAAGGGGAUCAUGACCUUUCACCCCACUGUUGAGGAAUUCAAGAAUUUCACCCGUUACGUUGCUUACAUCGAGUCCCAGGGAGCACAUAAAGCUGGACUGGCAAAAAUUGUCCCCCCAAAGGAAUGGAAGCCCAGAGGUUCCUACAAUGACAUCGAUGAUUUGGUGAUUCCUGCGCCCAUCCAGCAGGUGGUGACCGGCCAGUCGGGCCUUUUCACACAGUAUAACAUUCAGAAGAAGUCCAUGACUGUCCGAGAGUUCCGCAAGAUCGCCAACAGCGACAAGUUUUGCAGUCCACGGUAUGAUGAUUUUGAAGAGCUGGAGAGGAAGUACUGGAAGAAUGUGACCUUUAACCCUCCCAUAUAUGGGGCCGAUGUGAACGGGAGCCUGUACGAUCCCGAUAUCAAGGAGUGGAAUAUUUGCCAUCUGGAUACAGUUCUGGACACCGUGGAACGUGACAGUGGCAUCACGAUUGAGGGUGUUAAUACACCCUACUUGUACUUCGGCAUGUGGAAGACUACUUUUGCGUGGCACACUGAGGACAUGGAUCUCUACAGCAUCAAUUACUUGCAUUUUGGAGAGCCCAAGUCCUGGUACUGCGUUCCUCCUGAGCAUGGGAAGAGACUGGAACGUCUGGCCAAAGGGUUCUUUCCUGGUAGUUCUCAGAACUGUGAGGCCUUUUUAAGGCACAAGAUGACUCUCAUCUCUCCUUCCAUACUGAAGAAAUACGGCAUUCCCUUUGAGAAGAUAACGCAGAAGGCCGGUGAAUUCAUGAUCACCUUCCCCUAUGCCUACCACGCUGGUUUCAACCAUGGUUUCAACUGUGCAGAGUCCACCAACUUUGCCACAGAGCGAUGGAUCGAGUACGGCAAGCAGGCCGUUUUGUGCUCAUGUCGUAAAGACAUGGUGAAGAUUUCCAUGGAUGUGUUUGUGAGGAAAUACCAGCCGGAGCGUUACCAGCAGUGGCUGGCUGGGCGGGACCUGGUGCCCAUCGACCACUCCCGGCCCACCCCGGAGGCCAAGGAGUUCCUGGGCGAGUCUUUUUAUGAUUUCAGCAGCAGCAGCACCAACAGCGGCUCCACGGCGAGCUGCGGGGACGACGGAGAACGGAAGAGCACCAAGCAGAGGAUAGAGACCAAGAGGCACAGAGUGUGUCUGGAGGUGCCCGAAGAGGUCGUACCAAAGGACGAAGAGGACGAUGUAGUUCAGUACGGAAAACGUCCCAGAUUAAGUCUCAUACCUCCACGAACUAUUACACAAGAUGGCAAGAGGAACAAAGGCCCUCCAAAGUUGGUUGUCACGCCAACAAAGCUGACUUUAAUGGAUCCGUUUCACCGCAGCUUGAGUCGGAGCAACAGUGACAGCGGCCGUCUUCCUCAUUAUACCAAGACUCGUGCUCCCGCGAUCUCGUCCCAGUCCAAACCCAGAAACGGGCAUCUGUCCGUCUCGGUCGCGCCCGCGUGGACGGAAGCUGCGGCGCAGCCGUCCCGCAAAAUGGGCGUGGCCAGCCUGCUCUUCCACAAGAUGACCCCAAAAGACACCCUGCAGGUGCACAACUACAGCGCGGAGCAGCAGCAGCAGCAGCAGGCGCACACGCAGCUCCAGGUGCACAGCUACGCCCGGGAGCACCAGCCCCGCCACCUCCAGCACAGAGCCUGCACGCCGUCGCACACACAGGCUCAGGUUUCUCCUCUGGCAGCCGGCUGUGAGAGACUGGCUCCGCAGCAGAUCGCCAUAAUCAUCCAGACCAAAGGAGUAGAGGAUGAACCCGCAGCACAGAGUCCAGAGGUCCAGUACCAGGAGGUCAAGCCCUCAGACUGCCAGGCUCGGGUGGAGGUGUCUCAACCUGAGCCCACCAUCAGUUCUGUUCCCACCAAGAUCGAGCAGCUGCGAGACCACAGGCAGGAGGACACGGGCGCUCCCAAGACCAACAAGAGAAAGAGUAACCAAUGCCCCCUUGUGGAUAAUGGCAUUGUCAUCCUGAAAGACACCAUUCCUGUAAUAAAACCAAUUCACCAUGAGGUCAAGGUGAUUCCCCAGAGUUAUUAUCAGGUGGCAGAAGAGCAGUCGUACUGCAAGUCAGUGGUGAAAAAGCAGCAGGAGCAAGCCCAGCUGUGCAGCCUGCCCCGCCAUCACCCUCUGAUCAGAGAAGUGCACAGUGACGAGGAGGUAUACAUGCCUGUGGAAGUUGAUCAAGUGGAGAAAGAGGACUGGGCGAAGCCCUUGACCCAGUUGUGGCAGUGUCGACCCUAUGACCCCCAGGCGGAGAGGGACCACAACAAGCGCGUGGGCCAGCAGGCUCCGUACUGCUCCAUCUGCCUGCUCUUCCACACCUACCACCAGUCUGAGUCCGGUGGCGGCAGCUCCGGCGUGACGCUGGUGAACCGUCCAGGAGGCCGGCAGUGGUCCAAGCCGCUCAUCCCUGAAAUGUGUUUCAACACCCAGUCCGGCAAAAUGAGCGACGGCGGCGAGGGACAGCUGUCCAACCCGCACGUCGCCGAGGACGGGACCAGCCGGCUGGUCAGCUGUGCGCAGUGCUGCGUUCGUGUGCACACGAGUUGUUACGGCGUGUCUGGGGAAGGAGCGGAGCUGGACGACUGGCUGUGCGCUCGCUGUGAGGCCAACGCCACCACUGAGGACUGCUGUCUGUGUACGCUGAGAGGCGGCGCUCUGCAGAGAGCCAACAAUGACAAGUGGGUUCAUGUGCUGUGUGCCAUCACUGUGCUGGAAGCUCGCUUUGUCAACAUCACCGAGCGCAGCCCCGUGGACCUGUCUGCCAUCCCGCUGCCCCGCUUCAGACUGAAAUGCGCGUACUGCAGGAAGAGGAUGAAGCGGGAGGUGACGGGCUGCUGCGUGCAGUGCUCCCACGGCCGCUGCUCCACGGCGUUCCACCCCACCUGCGCUCAGGCGGCCGGCGUCCUCAUGCACCCGGACGACUGGCCCUUCGUCGUCUUCAUCACCUGCCACCGACACAAAGCGCCUGUAUUACCCGAGCGCAACAAGACGUCCAUGCGGGAGCUGGCAGUGGGCCAGAAGGUGAUCUGUAAAUACAAAAACGGCCGUUACUACCACAGCGACGUGGUGGAGCUGACCACAGCCACGUUCUACGAGGUGGUGUUCGACGACGGCUCCUUCAGCGACAACCUGUUCCCCGAAGACAUUGAGAACCGCGACUGCGUGCGACUGGGCCCGCCGUCCGAAGGCGACGCCGUCCAGGUGCGGUGGACAGACGGGUUGAUAUACGGAGCCAAGUUCGUGGCGUCGCACUCCAUCCCCAUGUACCUGGUGGAGUUUGAGGAUGGCUCACAAAUCACGGUGAAAAGAGACGACAUCUACAGUCUGGAUGAAGACCUGCCCAAACGGGUCAAGUCCCGACUGUCGGUGGCGUCGGACAUGCGCUUCGAGAUCUUCACCCAGAGCGAAGUCAAGCAGAACUCCAAACGGCAGCGAGUCAUCAACUCUCGGUACAGGGAGGACUACAUCGAGCCCGUCAUCUACCGAGCCAUCAUGGAGUGACUCUCCUGCUCUCUUCUGUUUUUUUGUUUUGUUUAGUUUUAUGUUCUUUUCCUCCUCAUCCACUCACCUCUGAGACCUUUUUUUUUUUUUCUUUUCUCGUGCUACUGCUGAUAGGAACGCCGCCUCCCCCCUCCUCCUGUCAGGCUCCAUAUUUAUGAACUACGGCUGGGACUCUAAAUGACUUUUUUGUUCAUUGUACAAUAUUCUUUAACAUCAAUUUUUCCAUCUCCCCGUCGGCUGUUUUCGUCCUCAUGCUUUUCUUUUUCUCAGGAAGAAGCCAUCAAUCCAUUAAUCUAUGUCAGAAAAGUUGAACGAUUGAAAUGAGAUGAGUUUUCUUUUCAGUAGAAUUUGAGUAAGGGAAGACGGCGACGGCGAAUAGUUUUCCAAAUCGUCAAGACAGAUGUUCCACCAGAGUGACAUUGUAAACUGUGUGUCUGUUUUUAACUUCUUCAUGGCGACGUUACACCGCGCUCAUCAGCUCGAGUUACUCAUGAAUUGUGGAAAGACUCGACCCCAAAGAGUGAAACCGUUGUGACCGGAGGUUCUUGAUGGUUGUUGUUGUUUAUUAAACAACGUCCUCUCAGAUUGUA